AUGAAAGUUACACUGAACAGCGUUUCUGUGUUUGCAGUCUUGGCGAGUGUUUUAAGUCUCACCUUCCUGGUGGCUGCCCUGGCCACAGACUUUUGGUACCAAAUCGAUGCAUCAGGAUUGGAGGUGUUCGCCAACCAUACAGGUAGCUUGAAGUCCCAUAGAGGUCUCUGGAGGACUUGCCAAUUUAAUAGGACAUGCUUCCCUAUGGUAAACCCGUUCAAGUCUAAGACCGCAAACAUGACAACUUCGCGGAAGAACAUCCUGUACCUUCACGGGGCAUUUGUGGUCCUGCUGCCUCUAAGCCUCAUCAUCGUGGUCUUUGGAGGAAUGGCGGGUGUCCUUAGCGUCUUCACCCAAGGCUUCUGCCUUCUGCUGUUCACCGGGGUGCUCUUUCUUCUAGGAGCUCUUGUUACCCUCCUCGGGGUGAGCAUCUACAUCGCUUAUUCCGCUGCCCUCUUCAAGCACGUGGCGUCUUUCCAGGGAAGGAAGAACCUCAUGGAAAAUCUCAACAUCCAGUUCGGCUGGUCUUUGGCUUUCGCCUGGGUCUCCAUCGGCGCAGAGCUUCUCACCGGCUUGGCAUAUGUUCUCCUGGCCAAGAUGGUGGUCCAGAAGCGACGGUGGGAUAAUUUCAUCUGAGGGUGUCGGAGAUGGUGCUCUUCACGGCUCUUACCAUCCCUGGCCUCUUCUUGUCUCUUUCUCAUCACUGCCUUGAGCUAAGUUGAAGUCACGCUCCAAGGUUUUUUUGCCACUGCUUCUAGUAGCUGGGAAUUUUCAGCCAAAACUUUAGAUCAGAAGUCCAAAGGGACUUGUGCAGAGCUGUGAGUCCAUGUAAAACAAGCAAAUAAAAAGUAUCUUCAAUUACUGCAUUCCACAAAAAACCCACCAAAGUUUGCUUGAACAAGUUAACACAAUGUCUUUAUUUCGUCUAAUUUAUCCUUCCCCGCCUUUAAAAUUAUUCACUGUAACUUUGGUGCUGCCGGUUAGAUUGGCUAAAUCAGCCUUUCACCCUUCAAUUUCUGGAAAACUUGCCCGUUCACCAUUCUGACUCCUGAAGUUUCAGUCGUUCAUCUUUCUAAGGGCUACCUAGAAAUUUCCUUCUUUUCUUCCUUCCUUCAAUUUUAAAGGAGAGAAAAUCUG